AGCUCUCACUAGCGCUGCUAGUGGACAAUCAAACCUACACACCCACCACCAGACAGACUCGCAUUUCUCAUUUCUUACUUCUAGUCUAAAUUAGAUAGCAGGACGUAGUGUCGGAGCUCACAAGAUCGCAGAGAAUUAGUUUGAAGCAUUAGCAUUAGUUUGACAGUGAAGCCGAGAAAAGGAGAGGAAAAAAUCAACAUGGAGUCCCCUCCAGAUCCAGCGAGCGACCCGGGCAACAGCGCCUCGGAGCCGGCUACCCCGGUCAGGGAAACCCCGGUAAACCUGGAGACGCUCCGGAAAGCGGACCAUCCAGCCCCGGUUCGAAAGCAGACCUGCUCAAGCACCAACAGAGGUAUCUCGGUAACAAAGAAGACACACACUUCUCAAAUCGAAAUAAUUCCCUGCAAGAUCUGUGGAGACAAAUCAUCAGGCAUCCAUUACGGUGUGAUAACAUGUGAAGGCUGUAAGGGCUUCUUCAGGAGGAGUCAGCAGAGCAAUGCAGCGUACUCCUGCCCCCGUCAGAAAAACUGCUUGAUCGACCGCACCAGCCGCAACCGCUGCCAGCACUGCAGGCUGCAGAAGUGCCUGGCAGUGGGAAUGUCACGAGAUGCGGUGAAGUUUGGCCGCAUGUCAAAGAAGCAGCGAGACAGCCUGUAUGCUGAGGUCCAGAAGCACCGGCUGCAGCAGCAGCAGCGAGACCACCAACAGCAGCCCGGAGAGGCAGAGCCGCUCACACCUAGCUACGGCCUCUCAGCCAACGGCCUAACGGAGCUACACGAUGACCUCAGUGGCUACAUGGACGGCCACACUCCUGAUGGCAGCAAGCCCGACUCGGCGGUCAGCAGCUUCUACCUAGACAUCCAGCCGUCCCCUGACCAGUCGGGCUUAGACAUCAACGGCAUCAAGCCGGAGCCCAUCUGCGACUUUGCCCCCGGCUCUGGCUUUUUUCCCUACUGCUCCUUCACCAACGGCGAGACCUCCCCCACUGUUUCCAUGGCUGAACUAGAGCACCUCGCCCAGAACAUCUCAAAGUCACACAUGGAGACAUGUCAGUACCUGAGAGAGGAGCUGCAGCAGAUGACCUGGCAGGCUUUCCUUCAGGAAGAGGUGGAGAGCUACCAGAGCAAGCCCCGGGAAGUCAUGUGGCAGCUGUGUGCUAUCAAAAUAACAGAGGCCAUUCAGUAUGUGGUGGAGUUUGCCAAGCGCAUCGACGGCUUCAUGGAGCUGUGUCAGAACGAUCAGAUAGUGCUGCUGAAAGCAGGCUCUCUGGAAGUUGUGUUUGUCAGAAUGUGCCGUGCCUUUGACUCGCAAAACAACACAGUCUAUUUCGAUGGAAAAUAUGCCGGACCUGAUGUGUUCAAGUCAUUAGGCUGUGACGACUUGAUCAGCUCCGUCUUCGAGUUUGGGAAAAACUUGUGUUCUAUGCACCUGUCUGAGGAUGAGAUCGCCCUGUUCUCUGCUUUUGUGUUGAUGUCUGCUGUGAAAUGUAUUCCACCAGACCGAUCCUGGCUUCAGGAGAAGGUGAAAGUGGAAAAACUCCAGCAGAAGAUCCAACUGGCCCUUCAACAUGUUCUGCAGAAGAACCACAGAGAGGAUGGCAUUCUUACAAAGUUGAUAUGCAAAGUGUCGACACUGCGAGCGCUGUGCAGUAGGCAUACAGAGAAGCUCACGGCUUUCAAAGCAAUAUACCCAGACAUUGUGCGUGCCCACUUCCCCCCCUUAUAUAAGGAGCUGUUCGGAUCAGACUUUGAGCAGUCCAUGCCCGUCGAUGGGUAACGGGCACGACCCCCUCCCCCCUCCAGGUGUCGGUGUGCCCACUGUUUGAGGGGGAGGGGAGCUGGGGGGGACAUGGAGGAGGAAUCUGAGACACUUUACUGGUGCCCUGCACAAAACCGGAGCGGACAGAUGGCACGCUGUUCAACUUGUUUUCCUCUUGUUUUUUUUUUUGUUUGUCUUUUGUUUUUUUGCAGUGGAGGGGGGGGGAGGGCAUUGGGGAGCUGAUUGUCAAGGUUUACUAUGUUGAAUUUAAGUCUCAAAGGAAGACACAACAGAACCCUAGUGGGACAUGAAGAGGAGAUAGUAACAAAUGAUUUCUGUUUGGCUGAACUUGGCCUUCCUAUGCACUAUUUUGAAGAAAAAAAAAAUUAACAGUGUUCUUUGCUUUUAUCAUGAUGUGGGAGAAAAAGUAUAAACACUUAAAAGAUGACCACAUCAGUAUUAUUUUCCAGAUUUGCACUCCUUAAACAAGUUUUAGUAUUUUCUCAAUCAAAUCUUUGUAAUGUCUAAUUUCCAUAAUUAAGUUGUGUAAGAAAUGUGCACACUCUGGUCAAGUUCAGCCAUUUUUCCUCCUUUUUGUUUUUGUUUAAGAAGCAGCGCUCGAAAUGAAAACUCACAGCAACUUUCUGGGAGGUUUCCGUCGGCAUGGUGAUGCAAUCGGCGCCUCUUUAAGGACAAUCGUUUAAAAAGGAAAAAAAAAAAGAAAGAAACCUAGAAUUCUGGUAAUUCUUAUAAAAACGCAAUGAUUUUAGCUGUCAAGGACUCCAUCCACCAUUGUUGCAUAGUGAAAAUCAUGUAAGGCCAUCUGCUAUUAAUCCUUCUCUGGACAGGUGCCCUGAAGAAGCCCGGGGCACCGACGCAAUGAAAAGGCUCCAUUCCACCUGUUUUAUAAUGUACUACAGGGUAUAUGGUCAUAAGUACUUACUAUACAGAAAAAAAAUAAUGUUUAUAGAAUCUAUUUUAAAUAACAUGUAUGAUAUUAGUAGUUAGACCAUUCUUAAUUGUUGAAUUGAUAAGGCACUUUUAUUUACACCUUUGUUUAAUUUAAGACUUGUAUAUUUACCUAGUGAUGUGUUGCAUGUGCACAAGAAGUACAAGCUGAAUCAUGAACACAGAGGUUACUUUUGGGAGCUACAAAUGGUUAUUUGACCUGGAAGUGUUCGGAGGGGGUUGGUUCUGUUAGGCUGGCCAAUGCUGCUGCUGGACACCAAUCAAUGAGGCAUGGAUUAGGAGGCAAGCUAAAGACACUCCUUUAUUUUUUUUUAUGCAGCAAGUACAAGUGUAUUCUCACCUAAAUAAUGUGUUCUGAAUAUUAGUUAUCGCCUGUGAAUGCUAUUAAAUUCUGAAACCUUUUGGGCUACAGAAGUUUGCAGAUAAAUUCUAAUUUGACAGACUGCACAGAUGUUGUUUAACAAGCUAAAACUAACAUAAAUUUCUAUAUAUUUUUUGCAAUGUGGUCAAAGUGGAGAAAACACAUUGAGAUUAUAAUCCAACUGUUCCACCUAGUGGAAGGUAAAAAUAAAACAAGCAAACAUAGCAGAGGUGCACUUACUACCCUAAAAGCACGCCUGCAGUGCAUUGCAAAAAUAAUUCGUACCCCUUGAACUUACUUUAGACAACAUUUUAUCAUGUAACAAUCCUCUGAUGCAAUUGUGAAUCUAUUUUAUGUGGUAAACCAACACAAAAUUCAAAUAAUUGUGAAGAGUGAGGAAAGUGAUGCAAGUUUCUAAACAAAGACUAAAAAGUGUGGUGUUCAGCUUCCUCAUCCCUCACCUCAAAUCUCAGUUGGAAUAGGUCUGUACUUUGACUGGAGCAUUUUAUCACUUGGAAUAUGCAUUGUAUUAGAGGAAAGGAAUCCGAUGCAAAAGCAUUCAGAUUAUUCUUUGUAUAAAGGUUUUAAGGGUUCACUGCAACAUUAAUGGUCUACCACAUAAAAUGCUAAUAAAACAAAGUGACGUUUUUUACUAUAACCUGACAAAAAUAAGACAAAAACAGAGUUCAAGGGGUAUGAAGCUCAGUCAAAAGUUUUGUUUUUCAUAUAUAAAAUGAGUGACUUUUUGCCUUCUUACCAUCGCCUCAGCUUGGCAGCACCUUAACAGAACACAGAAGAAAACAGCUAAGAGAAAGUGAAUAUUCAAAGCCUUGUCUGGUCGUAAAGCUUCUAUUUUUGUAACUCGUUUUGGUUUUAACAAACCCAUGAAAGAGGGAGAGGACAAAAAAAGAUGUCAGGUAGCACUUAACUGUAUCCCUGCAAUAAUUAAGACUCGCUGUUGUUUGUACAAUUAGGAAAGGGAAGUAUAUUUUAAAAAAACAAACAAAACAGAAAAACGGUAGGACAAGUGCUAUUUUCAGAACGCUUUGUUGUUGUGCUUCUGUUUUUGUUGAGUGUGUCUUUCUUGUCAGUGUGGUGAUAAAAAAAUGUAAAAAAAAAAAAAAAAAGUUAAAAAAAUACCCUGGAUGUGCCAAACUGUAGUUGUUGCUUCCACUUUCCAGUCUACUUGCUUAAAAUGUAGAAUGGAUUCUGAAGACAUUCCAGCAAUCUUGGUAGCAACUCCUUAAAUAUCUUAAAAGAAAAGGAAAAAUAUCCCUUUAGAAAACCCAGCAAAGCGUGUUAACACAUUUGUCACUGACUGUAAAACAGGAUCAAGUUUUGUUUCUCUAGUUUUCUGUUUGUACACUAUCAUUCCUCUGCCGUGCAAUUUGCACAAGACGUUAAUGCCUUGUGCUGUCACUCCUCAGGGAAGAAUAGUUUUUUUUUGUUUGUUUGUUUGUUUCUUCGCCUUUCUGUUUGAGAGGACUUUUGUUUGUAUUCAUCAUGUUUAGUUGAGUGAAUAUUGUUUGUUUGUUUCAGGGAUGUUUCCAUAAGAGGCGGAUAAAAUUAGAAUUUAAAAAUUGAUCACUGAGUUCACAUUUCAAGAUACAGUUGAAACCAGAUGUAUAUUUACACUCUGUUAAAAAGAUACAACCAUGUUUUUCUCAUUAUCUGUCGUUAUAUCAAACUAAACUGCCUGUUUUGAAAUUAUUUGCAAUUGCCCGUUUUUGUUUUCCUAAGGACCAGAAUAAUGAGAGAGACAUCCAGUGGUUUAAUUAAAUUAGAAAUCAAGUUUUUAGCCAUGACGACCUGUCUUUUAUUUUGAGAAAAGAAGGGAAGCUUAAAUGUCUCAGAACCUCAUCCCAACUGGAAAGUACAGUAGUGCCAACAUCAUGUUGUAUUGGUGCAGGCAGGACAGCUGCACUUUAAAAAAAUAGUCUCCCUUUAUGUGGAAAUAUUAAAACAUCUCAAGACAUCAGUCUUUCAAAUGGACAAUGACUUAAGUGUGCCACCUAAUUAGUUGCGAAGUGGCUCAAGGAUAACGGUCAACGUUUUGAGGUUGACAUCACAAAGUUCUGAUCUCAGGACUAUGAAGAUAAAAAGAUUUUGUGUGAACAAGACUGCCAGCCAACCUCACCCAGUUACUCCAGUUCUGUCAGGAGGAGUGGGCCAAAAUUCUAUUGUUAAAUGUUUAUAAAAGGAAGGGAAAAUUACCUAGGUUUUACAUCUUCAAACCAAAUAUUAGGAAAAUGUCUUUAAAGAUUUUUCUUUAACUUCUCUUUCAUUAUCCUGACAUUGAACAAACAUAAAUACUUUUAGUAAUUCUAACCUAAUUCACCUAAAAUAGAGUCUGGUCAGACAAUGAGAGACAAAAUGUCUUUUUAUAAGUAGUAUGUAAAUAUUUGGUUUUAACUGUAUGGAGCUUUCAGCCAAGAAAUCAAAACAAUGAUCUUUUCACUUUUGCAAUCUACAGUUUUUCAGCACAAAACAUUUUUCUAUCAGAAAAGAAAAAAAAAUGUUGAUUUCAGAUGGUGUCAUCAGGGUCUUUACAAAUGAUUACCCUCUUUGUUAGAAAAACCAAAAUAUUCUUAUGCAAUACUGAAUCGGUUGUGUUUGGGUUGUAGUAGAUCUGCUGUACCUGUUCUUAUGUUUCAAUUCUCUUUGGAUAUUAUGCACAAGCCCUCUAUAUGACUAGUUAACCUCAGUCUCCGAGCAAAACAACCCCUCCCGCCCCCAGUCUGGAGCACUGCUAGACAAUCCAGGUUUGUGAAAGAUGUCUGUGGCCCCCGAUAAGAACAGCACAUAGAAAGGAUGCGGUGUGAAUGCUCAGGGAGGUGGAGUGGGAAGGCCUGAGGCGUACCUCGAUUGGCCAGGUUUUUAUCGUAGCACACUGAACUUUGCAGUUCCUACUAUGGGAUAUGUUUUUAAUUUUUUUUUAAAGGUGAUUUGGCUGCUUUCCUUUGAAAUGAUUUGUUUUCAACACAUUUUCUAGUUGCAUAACUACCAAGUAUUUUUCUCUCACACAGCUAAGGUCUGCCACUCUCAAAGCGCAAAAAGGUGAGCCUGCUUAGUGGCUCUGUGAUGCAUUCUAUAAAAUAUUAUGAGCAAUAUGCCUUGUGUUGAAAUUACGGGUCUCUACAUUGCAGUUCUCUGCCUUUUUUAUUAAUUCUAUCCAUCCAGUAUGUUUACACUUUGUACCAAGAAGUAAUAAUAAUCCCUUCAGUUUCUUUUUCCUCUUGAGAUGUGCUUGUGUGGUUGUGAUAGGAGAAAAGAAAACAGUCAUCAAACACACUAUUACUUUGGUACAACUAUGAACUACGACUAAAAUAUUAUGUCUGUUUCAGUGGCGGUUUUUGAUAUUGGUCAUAUAAGCAGUUGCCCAGGGUGGCAUUACAAAGGGGUCGCACAACCACUAGAUAUAAAUGUAAAUGCACUGUAUUGUAUCCCAUCCCAGAGUCUCAGUUAAGUUCUUGCAUUUUAAUUGGUGGGGUUGUGGGCACCAGAGAGAGUCAAUGGCCCAGGACACCAUGAAUGCAAGAACCGCCACUGUUCCUUUUUGCUCUUUUUCUCCUCGCCCCCAAGUUUAUGUGUACUAUUUAGUCUCUGUGUAGUAUACAGUAAAAAUGUGUUGUUCCUUCUGUCUCUGCUAUGUUGUCUGUUUGUAAAAAGCAAUAGUCUCUGUAUGUGUGUGUGUGUGUAUGUGUUUUGUUCUGACGGUGUGUGACUAAAAUAAAAAUAAAAAACCCAGACAAGGCUUUAAUAAUUACAGAGGAACAGGGUUAUGUGAAUAAGGACAUUUUGGUUUUAAUUUUAAAGAAUUUAAAUAAAGGACAAAGGUUUGGAAAUGCUGAGCUGGAUCCAUCCAUAUUAAGUAUAAGUUUUUUUUUGUUUUUGUUUUUAUUUUAUAUAUAAAAAAAAAAGAAGCAUAACAUAACGCCUUCAGCAAUUCAGCAAUAUGCAACAAUUCUGCGGGGGUAACAAAGAGCAGUACCAGAUUUCCAAAAACAUGCUUUUCCUGCUGUAUUGGUCAGGUCGGCUCAUAUUGGGGAAAAAAUCCAUUUUUAACAAAAUGCCGGAGUUUGGAGACCUCUGUGGCCGCAGAUUGUGAAAGCUGGCGUUAUGUCACGCUUAAAAGCUGCCAGCAUGUGCUGUAGCCCAGAAUUUUUAAUCUGUCAUUGCAUUUUUAUCAAACUCAUCUUCCAAAGCACAGGUGAUAGGAAUUUUAAGAUUAAAAUUACGUUUAAGGACAAUAGUUUAAAAAGCAAAAAAAAGAAAAAAGAAAAGGCGCAACCUUUAGCCAUAAUUGAAUGUCAAGCAAUAAUAUAUGUUGGUGUAUUAUUUCUCAUUCUUUUGUGCAUCUGCAUGUAAAUACACCCUCUUAUUUAUCACAAUCCUUUUUUUCUUUUUCUUUUUUUUGUGUGUCGAUUUUUGUGGACGUCUCAUCUGUAUAUUUGACCGGUUCGGUUCCCAGGUGGAGAACGUAGAACUUGACAUGGCCUGUAUUACUGUACGUGUUCCUUUUUUCACUCUCUCCCUCAUUCUUAGCUGUUUUUAUUCAUCAUAUUUAAUAUUAUUAUUCUUAUGGAUCACAUGUAUAAAGGUAGCUUUGUAACUUCUGUCUGUAUAGGUAAGAGGAAAAUACUGCUACUAAGGCCUACCCAGUGAAAAUAUUUAUCUGUUUAUCGAUUGCAUCAUAUUGUACGAUGAAGCUGUUUCUACUUUGCUUCCCUCUUUUAGGAUUAGUUUGAUAGAGAUAGGGGUGUGCUGACAUUUAUUUUGUGUUGCCCUAAUGUGUGGUGCUAGGUAAGUUAAUUUUGUGAACCAAGUAUUGAUUCCUAAGCCUGGCCACCCUAUUAGUUCAAUAAUUUUAUUGCCUAUUAAUGUAUUAUUGAUAUUAGGACUCAAUGAAUUAUAAUGAUGAUAAUAAAAAUGAUAGUGGUAAAAGAGAAAAAGAAGUACCCAGACAGUACCUGUAUCAGUGUGCUAGCUCUGGGAUAUUGCACUUAUUUCCUUCUGGCUUAUAGCAAAACUAGAAUCUGCUCAUUUUAAAAACUAUUUAAGGUCGCUUUUCUGGAUUUUUGUGGAGAAAUCCUGAUUUUCAAACUGAAACAGCAGUAUUUUUUUCCUUUCUCUUUCCCUAUUGUAAGAAAAACCACUCACUGAGGCUGUAGCUCGUCAGGUCUUUAAGAAGUUAACUAUUUUACCUCGUGUGUCUGCAUCGUCCCUUACUUGACGUGGGAUCGUGGUGCUCGGGUUUCUGUAUGUUUCCAUGGCCCUGAAAGGGUAGUCAGACCAGUGACAUAUAUUUUUUUUAUUAUUAUUAUUACUGCUUCACAUAAAGUGUUUAAAAAACUGACAAGAAAGGAUUUGCCAACUGAUGACAAAGUCGACUUUUUUCCUCUUCUCUGUAGCAAAAUCAUUAAGAAAAUGCUCGCAAUAAUAAGCAAAGUAUCACACUGAGUGCCUCUCGGUGUAACGAAAUGCAUACAUGGUUUUGAUUGUCCUUUUUUAUUUUCCAAACGUGUACUGAUGUGACAAUGUAUUUUUUACAUAACGAGAAAAUCUCACCCUCACUUGCUUAAAAAUGUUCUUUUUUUCUUCAUGUGUUUUGAUAUGUUUUGGUGCAUUAUGUUGAAAGGGUUUUAUGAAUAGAUGUCAUCCCUCUCACCUUGAUUUCAGAAGGUCCUGGAAGUUUGUUUUUAUAUUGAUCUCAAAUGGUCAAUUCAAUCUUGCAGAUAAGUUAUUACCUGAAAUGAUCCCUUGCACAUUUUCUUUUUUUCUUUGAUUUUUUUUUUUGUAAUAAUUUGACAUUUCUACAUUUUCUGCUUGUGGUGUAAUCUUUUUUCAUCACUGCAAACAGAAGAUUUGCUAAUACAUUGUAAAUUCUGUAUUAGUAAGUGUUUGUAAAACAAGCGUACAGCACAUCUGGUUCCUUUUAAUGUUCUAUGUUCAUUGUGAGCUGAGUUGGUUUGGGUUAACUCUACACAUGAAGGUUGGGUGGAGCGGGGCUCGAUGCUUCUUUUCAUUGCAAAGCAAUUAAAAAAAACAAAAACAUUGAAAAGGCCCAAACUAGUUUGUGUUUGACACAGAUUUCUAAGUCACACAUUUGCUACUGAUCUUAAAUGGCGACAGUUGAUCAUGAACCUUUUUAUCCAGCUCUUUUGAACUCUCUUUAGCAGGUAGUCUAAUUCACAAAUGUAGUUUUGCUCCUUCUUGUCUGAUUCUUAAAUAUGAAAAUAAGUAUUUUGAUUCAUUUUGUAAAUACAUCUGUAAAGAAGAAUAAGAAAUUUAAUGUUGUCUUUUAAAUACUUUUCAUUCUAAUAUGAAUGUUGUUAUAUUGUACUUAGAAACUGUACCUUUAAUAUUACCUUUAUUAAAAGUGCAUUGGACACAUCGAUUUUAGAUGUGCUUUAUGUGCUGUUAUCCCAUAAUAAAAUUUACCGCUUGUAAUGGG